AUCCAGAAGCUGCGUGAGAGGGGGCUGGAGUUCCUGUCUGUGCCAGAUACUUACUACGACCAGCUGCGGGAGAAGCUAAAGUCCUCCAAAGUCAAGAUAGCAGAGGACAUGAAUGUGUUGCAGGAGUUGAAGAUCCUUGUUGACUAUGACGAUGAUGGCUACCUGUUGCAGAUCUUCACGAAGAACAUGCAGGACCGACCCACUCUGUUCCUAGAGGUCAUACAGAGACGUAACCACAAUGGGUUCGGCGCCGGAAACUUCAAGGCGCUCUUUGAAGCCAUAGAGCUGGAUCAAGCAGCGCGAGGCAACCUUUGAACACUGGACACCGCAGGAGGCGGUCAGAGGCCCCGCCUUCACCUGAUGGUCCAUCAUCUGAUGAACCAUGGCUGACUGAUGAUGGAUCUGAUGGAUCCAUCAAAUAAUCCUCUGACAAGUAACCGACUUCUUCCGUUAGGAUAAGCAUAUUCCAUUUAAUGUUUUAUAGUGUAAAAUGCAGAGAAUAUUGUCCUGACGUGCACAUUGUUGCUGGACCUCUGAGGGGCCACACUUUCACCCAAGUAACGCCACAAUGUUGUAGAAACUCCCUUUUAACUUUCGUCUUUUCAAAUAUGUGAACUUGAAGAAAUCUUUUAAAGAAAAACGAUAAAUUAUGAACGUAGUAAUCAUGAAUGAAAUUUGUACUCUAAUUUUAUUUGUAUAGUAUUUGUAGCAGUUUUAAUAGUAUAUUUGCUGAAAUAUGCUGUAUAUAUAUUUUUUAAUGUUUAAUGCUGGGAAUAAAGCAUAGUUUUAAC